UUCGGAUUUGUUACCUUUGCAAAUAGUGCCGAUGCGGAAAGAGCACGUGAACGUCUACAUGGUACCGUGGUUGAGGGUCGAAAAAUUGAGGUCAAUAAUGCAACAGCUCGAGUUCAAACUAAAAAAGUUACCACAGUCCCUAACGUUGUGCUGACAAAAGAUGGUGCCAUACCGGCUCCAGCUCUAGUUUGUGUCCAAUGGCCCGAUGCUGCUGUUGCCGCUGCUGCAAUGCGCGGUGUAGCCAUACAACGUGGCCAUGUCGGUAUGGUCGGUGCUCCCUUCAAUCCAGCCUUGGCUGCAGCAGUUGCCGCCCAACAACAGCAACAACGACAGGCGGCCGCUGUUGCAGUUGCGGCUGCCCAACAGCAACAUCUUGGUCUACAACAAGCCCUACAACAGGCCCACCAUCAGCAGACGCAUCAACAGCCACAGGUUGCGGCAAAUGCUGCUGCGGCUGCUAAUGCGGCCGCAGCUGCUGCCGUCCUGCAACCCAGUGCCCAGCAGCAAUUACAGACGCUUGCCCAAACGGCCACCGCCGCUCCAAAUCCCCAACAAUCGGCAAUGGCCGCGUAUGCCGCCCGUUUAGGUACAGCUCAACCGACAACACAACAACAGCAACAAUCAGCUGCUGCAGCUUCAAUGGCUGCGGCUGCAAAUGCUGCCGCAGCGGCUAAUGCUGCAGCAGCUGGUACCACAUUGCAUGGAUAUGCACCCGUUUACUUUGAUCCAUACCUAGCAGCCGCUGCAGCAUCUGCUGAUCCCAACUUACGUUUUCAGGCAGCCAAACCGGUCAACGAAGUUCCAGCAGCACAGCCAGCAGCAAUUAUAAAUCGCCGCACUGUGACAACGCUAAACAGUAACCACCACCCACAUACGAUCAACCGCAUACCGGUACCACAGAAUGUUUUGGCUGCUGCUCCUCUGUUAAAGACACCCUUGUCUCAGGCUCAACAGGCUUAUGCUACGGCCGCCACCACCUAUACAGCUGUGGCCGCAACUAGAGCAGCUUAUGGUGCUGCUGCUGCCGCUGCAGCUCAACCAGCAUUGGCUGGUUAUGCCACCGUUGCGGGCUAUGCCCGAGAAUAUGCUGAUCCUUAUUUAGGACAUGGCAUUGGACCUGUGCCCGGAUAUGGGGCAACAAUGUAUCGCGGAGGAUUCAAUCGCUUUACACCAUAUUAAAUUCAAAGUGUUGCAUAUUGAAGAUUGUACCACAAAAUGCUCAACAAC